AUGACCAAAGCGACCGGUCGUUACAGAGACAGCAUUGGCGAACGGGGAAGACCGCCGUGCGCAAAGUGUGUCCGCGAAGGAGUCGACUGCUCCCUAGCUGGGUCGCGACGUGGCGGCGACUACUCCCAGUACCGAGGCAACAAGAGGCAAAGACGUGAUAUUGACGUUGCCACGGCGCCCUCGGUGGUUUCCGUGUCAUCUUUUGUCCCUGAAACAAGUGUAGAGACGCCAAAGCCUCGAGAACAACCACUGCAUCGGUCCCUGCAGAAUCCCUCUGAUGCCCUGCUGAUCCUUGCCCGAGCGGCGGAGGACGGGGAUGAUGAUGAGCCAGGAGAUGCCGGACUCAACAAAUCAACACCUGGAAACGCAUCUUCUAUCUUAGACUCGAUUCUGUCUCCGGGACAGCAAGCCCGGACUGACCAGCUGUCGUCUUUAGCGUCGCCUGGAAACCAGCUUACAGCGCAUCAAGCGAUUGAAGAGUAUCAUCCUGUCAAGGAGGGCGCUUUGGAUCUAGUCACCCUCCAAAAUCUCAUAAGACAUUAUGCCGAUAACUAUCAUCCAUUCUUCCCGAUCGUUCCCGCCAAUGUGCUUAUGCCACAGUUCCUUCCCGAUACCAUCAAGCACGAAUCGUUCCUUCUCACAGCCGCUCUAGUAGUGGCUUCAAGAGAUCAGUCCGACCUGACCGAGCUUCAUCAGUCAAUAUGGCAACACAUGCGACGUCUCAUCCUCGAUGUCGUUCUUGGCAUGUCCACAAUACGCAGCGUAGGAUCUGUGGAGGGGCUCCUGAUUCUGGGAGAAUGGACUCCGCUUACACUGGGACAAAAUGAUGACGGGGGAGAAGGUGCAGCAUGGUCGAUAUUAGGGCUCGCUGUCAGGCUUGCGUACUUGCUACGACUUGAAGAUUCCUCGUUCAGGGCAGACAAAGAAGCUGACCCAGCAUUGCUAAGAAGACGGCUGGCAUGGACAUUUACAUACCUGUCUGAUCGCCAGAUCUCUAUCCGCAUGGGCCAAGCUUUCUGGAGCAGAGGACCGGCUCUAUCUGCGCGAUUCACAGCUGACGACUUCCCAUCCCUACAACCACAGUACACCUCAGGGGAAGAUUUUGCAUCUCUACUACAGGCACAGGUUGAGUUGACAACUUUGUUCGGGAACGCCCACGAUAUUCUCUUUGCAUCAAAACAACGUACUGGAGAACUAAUGACCCGGGGUGAUUACACCAAGUACAUCGAUGAUGCAAGCCGCGCCAUUGUUGCGUGGGACCUCGUUUGGAACGGACUCACAUGCUCUAAGCAUCUGAAGUCAUGUCUCAAGAUGACGGAGAAGUAUCUUUGUCUUUACGUUAACGCUUUCGCCUUUCAAGCUGUUCUCUAUCGGGCAUCGACAUCCGGCACCCAAGAAGUCUCAAAGUCGGCAUGCUUCCCACAUUCAGCUAUGGCUAGUCCCGAUGCUCGUCAUGUUUACGAGGCUGUAGACGCUGCAGAAGCUCUAUUGAGGAUUGCUAUUGAAGAUAUUGAUGCCGAGAAAUAUCUGCGGUACAUGCCCGCUCGGUUCUACUUAUACGAAAUACAUUCGUCUGUAUUCCUUUACAAAGCACAUGCAUCUGGCGCUAUCUCAUCCGGAAAACAUGCCCAGACAGCAGACUUGAUGCGACGAUUUAUCGGAGUACUCGAUAUCGCAGCCACAGACGCAGAUCAUAUCGCCGCGAAAUAUGCGAAGCUCCUCAAUGGUCUCUGGUUCCAUCGGUCGGAUUCAUCUGCAGAUUCAACAAGGAAGCGGAAUUCCCGUAGCAAUGCCCAUUCAGAUGAGCUCCAAGAAGUCAACGCUGUGCAGACUUAUUCAAAUGAAGUCGACGAUGCGGACUCGAACCAUCUGCCUUCGUUCGACGAGAUUGGACUACAGCCACUGGACUGGAUCGAGUCUGUUGAAGGACUUUUCUCUAUGCCGGCUGCUUUCCCUUGGGAUCAGCCAAUCUUUUGA